AUGGAGAAAUUCUCCGAGUACCUUGAAGAUUCAGUUGAAAUUUUUAUAGAUGACUUCUCAAUCUAUGGACAAACAUAUGAAAUCUGUCUGCAAAACUUGGAGAAAAUACUGAAAAAAUGUGAAGAAACUAAGCUGGUGUUAAAGAAAGAAAAGUGCCAUUUUAUGGUCAAGGAAGGAAUUGUGCUCGGGCACAAAGUUUCAAGGAAUGGGUUAGAGGUAGACAAAGCAAAGAUUGAAGCUAUAGAAAAACUUCCAACUCCAGCGAAUGUGAAAGCUUUAAAGAGCUUCCUAGAACACGCGGGGUUUUCUAAAAGAUUUGUGAACGACUUUUUUAAAAUCGCUCGACCUUUGAAUGCGUUGUUGGAAGCUAAUAGACCCUUUGAUUUUGAUUCACACUGCUUCACUAUAUUCGAAACACUAAAAGACGUUUUGACUACAGUACCAAUUCUGAUCGCACCGGUUGGACGAAGUCAUUCGAACCGAUGUGCGAUGCCAACGGAUACGCGAUGGGUGCAGUCUUUGCACAAAAAGUAA